ACGGUUCUUUUCCAAUUCGGCUGUGAAACAACGAAGAACGUUCUUCCGAGCGAGCGAAGAAUUCGCUAAGAGUGCACUUAAAAGCGUGCAAAGCGGAAGAAAGUCAGUGCGAAGAACGGUCCAGGCAAAAAAAGGAGCGAGUAGAGUUCGUGACGAGUGCAAUCAAAAGUGCAAGAUCCAGCGACUGGAAGUGAGGAAGCGGGGCACGUUCUUUCGAGCGAAGAACGGGUGGAAGUGAAUGAAAGUGGUGGAAGAAAGUCGCGAGGGAGGGUGGUGGCGAUAAGGCACCAUCUAAUUAUAGAUCCCAACUGGUGGUCUAAAAAUAAACAAGCGCAAACAACAGCAAACAAUUGGAGAGCGUAUCAAACAGCUGUUGCAUUCGGAUUCGGGAAUCGGAUUCGGAUUCGGAUUCUACUCUCUCCCGGAGAAAGAGAUAGAGAUAAGGACGUGCAGAGUGUGAGAGAGAGAGGGAGCGAGAUAGAGAGAGCCAGCCCAGCGGCACAUGAGCGCACAGUGAGAGUGAAAGAGACAGCGGCAGUGGCAGUGGCAGAGGGAGGGAGAGGGAGAUUGGAAUACGAGAUACUCCGAAGAAAACGGCAGCUUUACGUUCCAGCACCCAAGCGGUCAGCUUCCAAAAGCGUUUCCAAUUCCAAGCCAGUCGCAACGUCAGCGGAAUACCGCUACAAUUCGCAUACUCAGUCGACUGCCCUCUCACUCACUCACUCCACUCACACACUUACUCACUCACUCACUCACUCACUCACUCCUUCUCCUGCGGUCCGAGACGUAUACCCGCACUCUUCUGUUCCUGCCACAAUACUUCACGCGAUGCAACAACAACUGGCGGACGCAGCAGCAGCAGAGAACGCAGCAGCCGCAACAGCAGUCGAAAAGGCAGCAGCCGCAUCAGAAGUUAACCACUUGCUCGAUUUUCCACGCUCCGAACGCCAAACGAUUUUAAAAGGACAUUGAUCGAUCCGAUCCUCAAUCGCAAGCCUCACGGAUAUUUAUCAAUUCGCCAUUUGAAUUAUUUUUUUUUGCACGUAAUAACCCCAGAAGCCUUGAACAACCCAAACAAAUCCCACCAGAAAACCAGAAAAGAUAGUUAACCCUUAUUUUUAGUCGCUUUGUUUUGUUUUUUUCGUCAAUUGAUUGUGAUUUUGAAACUGUGUGAUCGCAAAAGAAAAUCUGCAAAUUAGCAAAAAAGAAAGUUCCUUAAGCAAGUGAUAAUCGGAUAGAAACUCUAAAGACAAAAAAGGAAAGGAAGCGCCGGAGCAAAAGAGACACAAAACAGCAAACCAAGCACUAUAAAAAGUCAACGAAAUCAAACAAAACCCAAAUAUCACAAGCACCUUAGUCAUUCGUCAUCGUGGACCACUGAGGAAACUAAUUGAUACGGCAAAAACAAGGAUCAAACGGCAUGCAAACAUGAUUCCCGAAGUGGCGACCACCAAAGUCCUGCUAGUCCUGGCCACCGUGCUCGCUGUGGCGGCGCUGAUCAGCAGUUGGGUGCCCCAGGUGGCGGGCAGUCCACUCGCACCUGUGGAAUACGAGCAGAGACGCACGAUUUGCUCCAAUGGCCUCAGCGAUUUGAUACAGAAGAUAUGCGUGGGCGGAACGGUGGCUCUCGGCGAUGUUUUUCCCAACAGUUUUGGGAAGCGCAGGAAGCGCGACAUGCCGAACGUGACCGAUUUGUGCUGCAAGCCAGGUGGAUGCACCUACAGGGAGCUCUUGCAGUACUGCAAGGGAUGAUGUAGUAGCCACACCCACCAGCCACCAGCCACCACCCACCACCCACCUCCACCACACCCCUCCACUGCAACCCACUCCACACCACUCCAUCAUUCGUAAUCCCUAAGAUAUGAAGCGCAAGCAGCAGUCUUCCCUAGAGUUUACUAAGUAUAUAUUACUAAUUUAACUAUACACUAACUCAAUUCUGUACAAUAAAAGAAAUUCGAAAUGA